GGCUCUGCGAAGUCAUUGUAUGUAAACAAGGUCAAGUAUUCGCCGCAGCAUUUCAUUCUGCACUGACCAACCAGACGUCUCUCUCCAGAGAAGACAACAUCAUAUCAGCAGCACAACUGUUACAGGAUUUCUGAGACCUCCAGCCACCAUGAUGCAGUGUCUCCAGUUUCUGGUCGAACCCACCAAGAAGGUCACGGAGAAGUUUAAGGAGUUUCGUAAGAAGUCGAAGAAUGAGAAGAGAGAGCCGCUGGACGAGAGUCAGCUGUUUAUUGUGAAUCUCGCCAAGGACCUGGAACGAGUCUGUCAGAGGUCUGAGGUGUUGGAGCACAUCUCCAACAGUGAGGACGUGUGGCCCACACUCACCUGCAGGGCCUUCAUUCUGGAGUGGGCGGCCCUGCUGGAGAGCAAGAAAAGGCCGAUGCAGACUGACGGCUGGCCAGAGAGCAGUGACUGGAAGGAUCUGGCUCUGAGCGGUGAACAGGACCUGGAGAGAGCCAAGAGAGUCAUUAUAACCUGGAGCAAAGAUCUGAGAGCCCAGCCUGAGCAAAGCGUGUGGCCUGGAGAGCAGGUGGUGGCGGCUCUGGAUGAUCUGGAGGCUCACUGGAAGCGAGGCCGGAUGGAGACCCUGCAGACCGCCAUGGAGCUUCUGUUCUGGACACUCGUCAACAGAGACCUGGACAAGGAGAGCAUUCCUCAGAAGUGGCUCGUGUGGAAACAGAGGAGCCAAAAAAUAGGUGCUGCCCCAUACAUUCCUCACAUGGUGUGGGACUGGAUCUGUGAUGCAGGAGUGGAAGUGACCCUUGACCUGGACACAGCCAACCCUGACCUGCUGAUCUCGGAGGACGAGCGGCGCAUGCGCUGUGGUUUCGAGCGCAGUGACGUGCCCAAUUAUCACCAGCGCUUUGACGGCUGGUGGUGUGCAGUGGGCACUGAAGGCUUCUGCUCUGGCCGCCAGUACUGGGAGGUGGAUGUGGGAGAAAUGGACUGGCGUAUUGGUGUGGCCAAAGAGUCUGCAUUACGGAAGGGCUUCAAAUCUUUGAACACCAACACCGGAUACCUGACCCUGCGACUGGAGCGUGGCACCGAGCUGAAGGCCCUCACCGUCCCGUUCACCUCCCUGCCGGCCACCCUGAUCCCCCGGAAGGUGGGAGUAUACCUGGAUUUCGAGCAAAGUCAGCUGUCCUUCUACGACGUGGAGAACCGCUCCCACAUCUACACCUACAACGAGACUCUGGGAGAAAAACUGUUCCCUCUGUUCGGGACAGUGGAGAUCGUGAAGGACCUGGUGAUCCGCUCGCCCGGGGCCCGGAGCCACUGCCUGUGCCCCACCAUGUGCCUGUGGGCCUGAGACACCAGCUGGAUCCCUAGACCUCUAGAGCAGUGGUUCUCAACUGAGUGCAAGCAGGAAAAUCCCUAUAGCAGGGUAAAAUGUGAAAUGCUAGUAUUUUCAUAUGAUGGAAGAUUUUGUGAAAGAGCUUUAAGUAAACCAACCAGCUAUGCCAGCUUUCGUAACAUUAAAAGUAAGCUAUUAUGCCCCUUUUUACAAGAUGUAAAAUAAGUCUCUGAUGUCCCUAGAGUAUAACUGAAACUGCCCCCAAACGUUAUCUCUGUGAAAUGCUGAACAUGUCAAAAGAAGUGGCUAAGAAGGAAGUAGGCUAUGGAGACUACUGUAUUCAUUCGUGCAUCCUAAAAUUUGACAAUUAUAAUUCUUAUAAGUCGCUGACUUUAUCUUCGGCAGAUACGUUAUGAAAACACUAAUGGCGGACGGCUGCUUCUGACUUAAGGCUGUCUAUGAUAAUGAGGUGGAGAGUGUCACUAACAGGCAGAGCUUUCCUCCUCUAGUUACAUGUACAAAGGAAGAACGUCAAAGCAUUUCUGCAGGUGGAGUUCCGGUAAUUGCGCCUGAGUAGUCGUGCACACGGUCCUCUCCUAAAAAAAUUUUCAGUUUUGUCUUUUAACAUCAGUGCUUCUGUUGGUAUCUGGCAGUAUUUGUUUAUCUAGUGUUCUGUGACUUAAUUCGCUUUUGAAAUGUCAAAAGGAAGGGGCAGACAGGUAAGGCUCUGUUUCGCCGAGUGCCAACAUUACGUUAGCCGAUAUUCAUGUGUUAAAUGACGACCUUAGAGCCUCAAUCUGAGAAGCGUUCAAAACGUCUUUUGAAAGUUUGGCAGCCAAACUAGAUAACAUUCAAUCCACGGUGGCUGAUCAUGAUCUUUGCUGCGUGUUGGAGGCUCCAGAAGGACAAUGAGUGGCUAAAAGCUAAAGUCUCUGUUCUUGAGAGUCACAGCCGGUGCCAAAACAUUAGAAUUGCGUUCUUAACCAAAUCAAUCGAGGGGCCACGACAGACGACCUUUUUCUCUAAGCUUUUGGUCAAAGUGUUUCUGAAGAUAAAAUAAAGUUUAUACAUUUUGCCAUCUCAUUUAAUUCUUAGUUCGUUUUAAAUAACUACAACCCCAUUAAGCAUUGCGAAUGACAUCAUCCUGGAGCAGCGUCCUGCUCCAAAUAUAAUAUAUAUAUAUAUAUAUAUAUAAUGGGAUAUAUUGCCUUCUGAAGGCCACGUCGGAGUAGAACCAAUUAUGGUUAUUGAGCUCCUACUCCUAGCAAAGAAGUUGUUUUAGGUUUGCUUUUUGAGAACAAAGUUAUUAGUUGUGGAAGUCCAGUAGGCUGUGGAACUUCCCAGGCUAGCCGAGAGACAUAGUCCCUCCAGCGUGUCCUGGGCCUUCCCUGAGGCCUUCUCCUGGUGGGACAUGCCUGGAACCCCUCCCUAGGUAGGCGUCCAAGAGGCAUCCGAAACAGAUGCCCGAGCCACCUCAGCUGAUUUCUCUCGAUGUGGAGGAGCAGCAUCUCUACUCCGAGCUUCUCCCGGGUGUCAGAGCUCCUCACCCUAUCCAUAAGGGUGCGCCCUGCCACCCUGCGAAGGAAACAAAUUUCUGCUGCUUGUAUCCGAGAUCUUGUCCAUGUCCUUUUCGGUCACCCAAAGACCCAAAUUCUGCUAUUAAAUAACAGUUUAAUUAAGGUCAGCAGUUGUGUUCAAUGAACCAAUUACCAACCCCAGAGCUCAUGCAUUUGACAAAUAAAUUCUGAUGUAACGAAGAUUACACCCACAUGACUGAUCAGCCAUCUCCAUUAUGAUUGCAUUGUUUAUUUUUGGUUGCUAGGUUACCAAUACUACAGUUAGCCACUUUAACAACUUGAUGGAAAUGCACCUUAUUUUGUUCUGUUUAUGCGAACUCUGAAAAGAUUCGCUUCACGUUUAGAUUCAACUAUCGAUCUUUGCGAAUUUGCACAAGAAAUUGUAAUAUUAAGGUUAUUUCUAAACGUUCUCUUAUCAUUCGAAGCAUUUUUUACAAAUGAACUUAAUAGAAAACAUUCAUGUCAUGGUUGAAUAAACUGCACUGAUGGUUUUUCCAAACCUUUGAAAGAACUUUGCUUGAAACUUAUCUGAAGUGUCUAAUAAAAUAGCAUAUUGUUGAUCUCGAGCACUUUAUAGAACAAUUAAAACAUUUGAGUGUGAUGCGAAGAACUGUUUUUAGCAACUAAACAUAAAUAGCUCCUUGUUUGGCCGUCCUGACGUAAAACCAGUUGAGAACCAGUGCUCUAGUCCUUCACUGGGCUGCAUUAGAUAUCAGUUUGUAGUGAUUAACUGUGAUCCAUAGCAGUAAAGCCCAGUGAGUCCAUUAAAGUAGUGUACAAUCUCUUCCAGCUGCUGCUUCUGUGGUACUUCUGCACCUUAUUAUAUGUAACGCAGUGUUCACCUGCCCUAUCUGCACUUUCACAUUCAUCUGACACACUCAACAUCAUGAUAUAUGAAUAAAUGGAAAUGAGCUCGAA